AUGAAUACCGUCAUCAAAUUCAAUUCAUUUAUUUCAAUUCUCUUAUUAUUCUCUUUAAUCGCAUUGUCAGCUCUAGCUAUUCAUAUACCUUCAUCUUUUCCAUCUCGUCCUAAACGUGAAUGUGAUGAGAUUCAAGUAGAUUGGAAAAGUAACGAGCAAGCAUUCGUACAUGGCCUUGACUUAUAUAAUGAAAAAGGAGAAUUUGUUAAAUCAUUAUGGAAAGGUGAUAGUAUUGUCCGUAUAGAUGAUGUGUAUUCGUUAAAAGUAAAACUUCAAGUUCCUUUAUACACUCCAUUACCUGCUAAAUAUAUGAUUGAAAUUUUUACUAUAAUGGGAAAGUGA